CUCACUUCUCUCUAAUUUCCUCUGAAAUCAUUUCCCUCUUUCAAAAAUUUCAUAGCAGCAAUGGCGGUUACUAAAGUUUUAUCCAUGGUGAUGUUUGCAUUCCUGCUAGGCUUCGCCUUGGCGCAGUCUCCUUCCAGUGCUCCGUCGCCUUCCAAUUCCAGAGCUUCGACGCCUUCCAGCGCUCCGAUCCCUAGCCCCGCCCCUUCGACUUUCACGGCUCCUCCUCCUCCCAAGGCAUCGUCGCCUUCUCCUUCUCCAGCGGGAAUCUUCUCACCGCCAGCUCCCCCGCCGUCGACCGCCUCUCCCUCGCCAUCCUUCACCGUGUCUCCAUCCGACGGUGGCGCUCCAUCGCCCUCCAAAAACGCUGCUGUACUCAACGCAGCAGGAUCCGCAGCCGCUGCUGUUGGUUUAUUCGCCCUCAUUUUGGUUGCUUGAACUCUCCCAUUUUACCCUAAUUUUAUUAUGUUUUAAUAUAUUCUUUUGUUCAAUUUUAAUAUUGUACGCUAUUAUUGAUUCAUGUGUUUAUGAUGAUAUAUUAUUAUAUUUUAUUUUU